CUGUGGUCCAGCAGGUCUGUGGAUUAGCUCAGAGUGAGUGAGUGAGUGAGUGAGUGAGAGAGAGAGAGAGAGAGAGAGAGAGUGUGAGAGAGAGAGAGAGAGGAGGCGAGAAGAGAGCGAGCAGCCAUGGUUGAAGGCGCAGAUGCGGAAGAUGAGAUCCAGUUUCUACGCACGGAUGAUGAGGUGGUGUUGCAGUGCGUUGCCGGCAUUCAGAAGGAGAAUCGCAAGUUCUGUCUGUCUGCUGAGGGAUUUGGCAAUCGGCUAUGUUACUUGGAACUCACCUCAGAGGCCAAGUAUGUCCCUCCAGACCUGUGCAUCUGUAACUUUGUGUUGGAACAGUCACUGUCAGUCCGGGCACUGCAAGAGAUGCUGGCCACAACCGGGGAAAAUAAUGAAGCAGCCCAUGGAGGUGGACACAGAACACUUCUGUAUGGACACGCUAUCCUCCUACGACACUCUUUCAGUAGGAUGUAUCUGGCAUGUUUAAAGACAUCCAGGUCUCUGACAGAUAAGUUGUCUUUUGAUGUUGGACUUCAGGAGAGUUUGACAGGUGAAGCUUGCUGGUGGACAAUCCAUCCUGCUUCUAAGCAGAGAUCAGAAGGGGAAAAAGUUCGUAUUGGUGAUGACCUCAUUCUUGUCAGUGUAUCAUCUGAACGCUAUCUACACCUGUCUAUCUCCAAUGGCAACAUUCAGGUGGAUGCAUCUUUUAUGCAGACUCUGUGGAAUGUCCACCCCACCUGUUCAGGCAGCACUGUGAAGGAAGGAUAUCUCCUUGGUGGUCAUGUGAUGCGUUUGUUCCAUGGACAUGAUGAUGUUUUGACGAUCCCAGGCUUGGACCAGAGCGAGGAACAGCAAAGAAUAGUCAACUAUGAUACAGGGAAAGUAGGGGCCAAGGCCAGAUCUCUUUGGAGAGUGGAGCCUCUACGGAUCAGUUGGUGUGGCAGUCAUAUCCGCUGGGGUCAGCCAUUCCGCCUGCACCACCUAACUACAGGUCAUUAUCUGGCUCUGACUGAAGACAAAGGCCUUGUGCUGCAGGAUCGGGAAAAAUCAGACACAACCUCCACCACCUUCUGCUUCCGAUCUUCCAAGGAGAAGCUGGAGUCGAGUCCAAAAAAAGAUGUUGAGGGUAUGGGGGUGCCUGAGAUUAAGUAUGGAGACUCACUCUGUUUCAUCAUGCACAUGGCCACUGGCCUGUGGCUCUCAUAUCAGGCACCAGAUGUGAAAUCAACACGACUGGGGCCUCUCACGAGACGGGCCUGUCUUCAUGCAGAAGGACACAUGGAUGAUGGCUUCACACUUCAACGCUGUCAGCAUGAAGAAUCACGUGCUGCACGCAUCAUUCGCAACACCACACAACUCUUCAGCCAUUUUAUCAGGGACCUGGACAGUCUUGCUGGCAAGAAUCGUACAUCUGUUACUCUUCCCAUUGAUGAGGUUUUCCAGACCCUUAAUGAUCUCAUUACAUAUUUUCAACUCCCUGAUGCCAAACUUGAGCAUGAAGAGAAGCAGAUCAAGCUGCGUUCACUCAAGAACCGCCAGAACCUCUUCAAACAGGAGGGAAUGCUGACACUGGUGUCAAACUGCAUUGAUCGUUUGAGUGUCUACAGCAGUACAGCACAUGUUGGGGAAUGUUUGGGAAAGGAAGCUGGCACAGCUUGGAAGGACAUUCUCAACUUACUCUAUGAGCUUCUAGCUGCUCUGAUUCGAGGAAAUAGAAAUAACUGCACACAGUUCUCUCAAAACCUGGACUGGCUGGUCAGCAUGCUGGAAAGACUGGAGUCAUCCUCAGGCAUUCUGGAGGUCCUUCACUGCAUCCUAAUUGAAAGCCCGGAGGCACUUAAUGUCAUUCAGAGAGGACAUAUCAAAUCUAUCAUCUCGCUGCUAUACAAACAUGGACGCAACUACAAGAUCCUAGAUGUCCUGUGCUCACUUUGUGUUUGUAAUGGAGUAGCUGUAAGAGCCAAUCAGAACCUCAUCUGUGAUAACCUGCUCCCAAAACGAGAUCUGUUACUCCAGACACGGUUGGUCAACAAUGUCCAAAGUAUGAGACCUAACAUCUUUCUGGGUGUGAGGGACGGUUCAGCUCAGUACAAAAAGUGGUACUUUGAGUUGAUAAUAGACCAGGUGGAGCACUUUGUAACCAGCGAACCUUCUCACCUGCGGGUUGGGUGGGCUUCCUCUAAAGGUUAUGCCCCCUACCCAGGAGGUGGAGAGGGGUGGGGAGGAAACGGGGUUGGAGAUGACCUCUACUCUUAUGGCUUUGAUGGACUUCACUUGUGGUCAGGUCGAAUCCCACGGAGAGUAGCUUCAGUAAACCAGCACAUACUUACAUCCGAUGAUGUGAUCAGUUGCUGUUUGGAUCUUGAAGCCCCGAGCAUUUCUUUUAGAACCAAUGGGCUGCCUGUUCAAGGCAUGUUUGAGAGUUUCAACAAAGAUGGUCACUUCUUCCCUGUUGUCAGCUUCUCCGCUGGAGUCAAGGUGCGCUUUCUUUUAGGUGGUCGUCAUGGUGAAUUUAAGUUCCUGCCUCCUUCAGGCUAUGCACCCUGCUAUGAGGCACUGCUUCCUAAAGAAAGGGUGCGUGUCGAACCAGUGAAGGAAUACAAAAGGGACGUGGAUGGAGUGAGAGACUUGCUGGGCACUGCACAAUUUCUCUCCCAGGCUUCUUUUAUACCCACACCAGUGGACACCUCUCAUAUUGUCAUGCCUCCUCACCUCGAGAAAGUACGUGACAGGUUGGCUGGGAACAUCCAUGAACUCUGGGCCAUGAACAAGAUUGAACUGGGCUGGUCUUAUGGCAAGAUAAGAGAUGAUAAUAAACAGCAGCACCCCUGUCUGGUGGAUUUCUCGAAGCUGCCUGAAACAGAGAGGAAUUACAACCUACAGAUGUCAACAGAGACGUUAAAGACUCUUUUGGCUCUGGGUUGCCAUGUGGUUCAGGUCAGUGUCGAUGCUGAGGAGGAGCUGAAAAAAAUUAAACUCCCAAAAAACUACAUGAUGUCUAAUGGCUACAAGCCCAUGCCUUUGGAGCUAUCAGAAGUAAAACUGAGCCCUGCGCAAGAGCUUCUUGUUGAUAAGUUAGCCGAGAAUGGACACAAUGUUUGGGCCAAAGAUCGUGUCAAACAAGGCUGGACCUAUGGCAUACAGCAGGAUUUGAAAAGCAGGCGCAAUCCUCGCCUUGUGCCAUAUGCAUUGCUUGACGAACGCACCAAGAAGUCUAACCGAGACAGUCUGCGUGAAGCCAUCCGUACACUAAUUGGAUAUGGCUAUAACAUCGAGCCUCCUGACCAGGAGGCUGGCCAUGUGGUGGAGAGAUUAAGCAUCGACAAAAUUCGCUUUUUCCGUUUGGAGAGGACUUAUGCAGUAAAAACAGGGAAAUGGUAUUUUGAGUUUGAGGUGGUUACUGGUGGAGAUAUGAGGGUUGGCUGGGCUCGGCCAGGUGUGCGGCCUGACCUGGAACUGGGAACAGAUGAUCAGGCCUUCGUCUUUGAUGGUUAUAAAGGUCAUCGUCUCAAUCAGGGCAGUUAUUUGUUUGGUCGUUGCUGGCAUGCUGGAGAUGUGGUCGGCUGCAUGAUUAACAUGGAGGACAAGUCUAUGAUCUUUACGCUUAAUGGAGAAAUCCUCAUCACAAACAAGGGCUCUGAGCUUUGCUUUGCUGACUUUGAUAUUAAGGAUGGAUUUAUUCCAGUGUGUAGUCUGGGCCUUUCCCAAGUUGGACGUAUGAACCUGGGCAAGGAUGCCAGUUCCUUCAAAUAUUACACCAUGUGUGGACUGCAAGAGGGAUUUGAACCAUUUGCUGUGAACAUGAACCGAGAGGUCACCAUGUGGUUUAGCAAGCGCCUUCCUACUUUUGUCACUGUUCCCAAAGAUCAGAGUCAUAUUGCGGUCACGAGGAUCGAUAGCACUAUUGACAGCCCCCCAUGUCUAAAAGUGACUCACAAGACAUUUGGGACACAGAACAGCAACACUGACAUGGUGUUCUGUCGUCUGAGCAUGCCGGUUGAGUUCUACUCUACCUACAAGAGUGUCCCUGCCACUGAAAUAAAUGGGGUACAUGAAGAGGAGCCACUCAAACUCAAAUACAGGUAUCCUGUGAAAUCUAUGAAACAUGUGGAUGAUGGAGGGCGAACUGCCUACAGUAAUAUAACAACUUACUACCAUUCAGUACGGGUGUUUGCUGGUCAGGAUCCUAAAUGUGUGUGGGUAGGCUGGGUCACACCUGAUUACCAUUACUACAGCAACCUCUUCAAUCUCAGCAAGAACCGAUCCGUUACAAUUACACUAGGAGACGAGCGAGGUCGUGUCCAUGAAAGUGUUAGAAGGAGUAACUGCUACAUGGUGUGGGGAGGUGAUGCCAUAAGUUCCAGCCAUUCCUCCAACAGAAGUAAUGUGGAUUUGGAGAUUGGGUGCCUCAUUGAUUUGGCUACAGGCUUAGUUGCAUUUACUGUCAAUGGCAAAGAGCUUCCAAUCUCAUAUCAGGUGGAGCCAAAUACCAAACUAUUCCCUGCUGUGUUUGUGCAUCCCACCAGUCCAAAUCUGUUCCAGUUUGAACUGACAAAGAUCAAGAAUGCUAUGCCCCUUUCAUCAGCAAUUUUUAAGAGUGAACACAAGAACCCAGUCCCUCAAUGUCCUCCUCGUCUGGAUAUCCAGACCAUAAAGUCAGUUUUGUGGAGCCGGAUGCCCAACACCUUCCUGAAGGUGGACACAGCUCGAGUGAGUGAGAGACAUGGCUGGCAGGUACAAUGCCUGGAGCCUCUGCAGAUGCUUGCAGUACACAUUCCAGAGGAAAACCGGUGUGUUGACAUCAUGGAACUCUCUGAGCAAGAAGACCUGCAGACUUUUCAUUAUCACACCUUAAAACUUUACUGCGCUCUUUCUGCUCUUGGUAACACCCGUAUAGCCCAUGCUCUCUGCAGCCACCUUGACCAGUCACAGCUCCUUUACAUUAUUGACAACCAAUACCUGUCUGGCAUGCUGCGCCAAGGCUUCUAUGACGUACUAAUAAGUAUCCAUCUAGAGACAGCAAAAGCUGCACAGCUUAUGAUGAACAAUGAGUUUAUCAUCCCAAUCACAGCAGAGACCUGCAGCAUCCGUCUCUUUCUAAAUACCACCAAACGGCACCAAUCACCAGGUGUAGGACUCAGUACAUCUCUAAAACCCAGACUUAGCUUUGCUUCACCAUGCUUCGUCACUCCAAAACGUGACCAGUAUCUCUAUAGUCCGGAAAUUCCUCUUGAUGUUCUGAGGGAGAAGGCAAUUAGCAUGCUAACAGAGGCUGUUCAGGGUGGAGGAGACCACAUUCGAGAUCCUGUAGGGGGCAGCGUGGAGUACCAGUUUGUGCCAAUUCUCGGACUGAUUAGCACUCUGCUAACUAUGGGUGUGCUAACGAGCCAGGAUGUUCAUAAGAUCUUGCUGCUCAUUGAACCUCGUAUUUUUGGGGAGCAGAAAGCAGAUAAAACAAGUGAAGCUACAAAAAAAGAGGGAAUGACAGAAGCAGAAGAAAAGGCAGUUGAGGCUGGAAAGGAAGAAGCCACUGAUACUAAGCAGCCAAUAAAGGGAUUGUUGGAGAAAAAAUUGCCGGAGUCAGUCAAGCUGCAGAUGUGCAAACUUCUUCGGUACUUCUGUGACUGUGAACUGAAGCACCGUAUUGAGGCGAUUGUGUCGUUCUCUGAUAGCUUUGUGUCAAAGCUGCAGUAUAACCAGAAGUUCCGUUACAGUGAGUUAAUGCUUGCUCUCAACAUGUCUGCUGCUGUUACUGCCAAGAAGACUAAAGAGUUCCGUUCACCACCACAGGAACAGAUCAACAUAUUGUUAACUUUCAGUAUGGGCAAGGACUGUCCAUGCCCUGAGGACAUUCAGGAGGAACUAUACGACUUCCACAGUGAACUUCGUCUACACUGCGGUAUCCCAAUAGAAGAGGAGAAAGAGGAUCAGGACAUAUCCAUUAAAGGCCGCUUAAUGUCUCUAGUUAACAAGAUCAAAGGGCAGCCACACAAAGCAGAAGAGAAGCCAACCAAGAAAGAGCAAGCAAUACCUUCAAACCUGAGGGAGUUGAUCUCUCAGACCAUGGUUAGCUGGGCUCAGGAGAGCCACAUCCAAGACCCAGAGCUGGUACGUGCCAUGUUUGGCCUACUGAGGAGGCAAUAUGACAGCAUUGGUGAACUGCUUUUUGCUAUGCGCAAAACCUACACAAUCAGUGCUGCAUCUGUACAUGACACCAUCCACCUGCUGGCCUCACUGGGUCAGAUCCGCUCACUGCUCAGCGUCCGUAUGGGCAAAGAGGAAGAGCAGCUCAUGAUUGAUGGCCUCAGUGACAUAAUGAACAAUAAAGUUUUCUACCAGCACCCGAACCUGAUGAGAGUACUAGGCAUGCAUGAAACUGUUAUGGAGGUGAUGGUGAAUGUACUGGGUGGAGGCAAGUCCCAGGAAAUUGCUUUUCCCAAAAUGGUUGCUAGUUGCUGCCGCUUCCUUUGCUAUUUUUGUCGAAUCAGUCGGCAGAACCAAAAGGCCAUGUUUGAUCAUCUGAGUUACCUGCUAGAAAACAGCAGUGUGGGCUUGGCUUCUCCAUCAAUGAGAGGUUCCACUCCUCUAGAUGUAGCUGCUUCGUCUGUAAUGGACAACAACAGCCUUGCUCUUGCUCUUGAGGAGCCUGACCUCAGCAAGGUGGUAAUGUAUCUGGCUGGCUGUGGACUGCAGAGUUGUCCCAUGCUCCUUGCCAAAGGUUAUCCAGAUAUAGGUUGGAACCCAAUUGAGGGAGAGCGCUACCUCUCCUUUCUUCGCUUCACAGUCUUUGUCAAUGGUGAAAGUGUAGAAGAGAACUCUAGUGUUGUGGUAAAGUUGCUGAUUCGUAGGCCUGAGUGUUUUGGACCUGCGUUGCGUGGAGAAGGUGGUAAUGGACUGCUAGCUGCUAUGAAGGAAGCCAUUAAAAUAUCAGAAACACCAGCACUUGAUCUGUCUAGCACCACGCAGGGUCUGGUUUCUGACACGUCUACAGAUGAUGAGGAGGAGGAAGAGGUGGUUCACAUGGGCAAUGCCAUCAUGUCCUUCUACUCAGCCCUCAUCGAUCUGCUGGGACGCUGUGCACCUGAAAUGCAUCUUAUCAAUAAAGGCAAAGGAGAGGCUCUGAGAAUCCGUGCCAUCUUGCGCUCCUUGGUGCCCACUGAAGACCUUGUUGGCAUCAUCAGCAUCCCACUCAGGAUGCCUGUGGUUAAUAAAGAUGGCAGUGUGACUGAGCCAGACAUGUCAGCCUGUUUCUGCCCAGACCACAAGGCUCCCAUGGUUCUGUUUCUGGACAGAGUCUAUGGAAUAGAAGACCAAACCUUCCUCUUACAUCUUCUGGAAGUUGGCUUCAUGCCUGACCUAAGAUCAGCGGCCUCUCUAGACACAGAAGCAUUAAGGACCACAGAAACAGCACUGGCCAUGAAUCGUUAUAUUGGAUCUGCAAUAUUGCCUUUGCUGACUUGCUGUGCCCCUCAUUUUGCCGGUACAGAACACCACAUUGCACUCAUUGACUCCAUGCUUCACACCAUCUACCAGCUGAGCAAGGGCUCCUCACUCACUAAAGCCCAGAGAGAUGCUAUUGAGGAGUGCCUGCUGGCUGUAUGCAAGUACUUGCGGCCCUCUAUGCUUCAGCAACUGUUGCGUUGCUUGGUGUUUGACGUGCCCUUGCUAUCUGAAUAUUGUAAGAUGCCUCUGAAGCUGUUGACCUAUCAUUAUGAACAGAACUGGAAGUACUACUGCCUGCCCUCUGGUUGGGGCAACUAUGGCAUGGCAUCUGAUGAGGAAUUACUUCUUACCAAGAAGAUCUUCUGGGGCAUUUUUGAUUCACUUUCUCAAAAAGAGUAUGGGCAGGAGCUGUUUAAGAUGGCAAUGCCAUGUCUGAGUGCUAUAGCUGGAGCUUUGCCUCCAGAUUAUGUUGAUUCUUCUCUUAGCACCACUCAGGAGAAGCCAGUCUUUGCUGAUGCACAGGGCAACUUUGACCCAAGACCUAUCAACACGGCAAACAUCUCUCUGCCAGAGAAACUGGAAUACAUCACUCACAAAUACGCUGAACAUUCCCAUGACAAAUGGUCUGCUGAGAAGGUUAUUCUGGGCUGGAAAUAUGGUGAGAGCAUUGAUGAGAAAGCAAAAACUCACCCCAUGCUGAGAUCCUACAAGUUACUCUCAGAGAAGGAAAAGGAUGUUUAUCGCUUCCCAGUAAAGGAAUCUUUGAAGAGUAUGCUAGCCAUGGGCUGGAACAUUGACAGGACCAAAGAGGGAGAAGCCAUGUUCCAGCAAAGGGAGAAUGAGAAGAUGUGCAAAGCAUCUCAGGUAAAUGAUUCCAGUGGCUUCCACCCAAAUCUAGUGGACAUGAGCAAUGUAUUGCUUUCUCGAGAACUUCAGGCUAUGGUAGAGGUUUUGGCUGAAAACUACCACAACAUUUGGGCUAAAAAUAAGAAGAGUGAUCUAGAAGUGAAAGGUGGAAUGCAUUCGUUGUUGGUGCCAUAUGAUACACUUACGGCCAAAGAGAAAGCCAGGAACCGUGAGAAAGCCCAGGACCUGUUCCGCUUCCUGCAGAUAAAUGGCUAUGCUAUUACCAGGGGUUUGAAAGACAUGGAGCAGAACUCAUCCUCGAUGGAGAAAAGGUUUGCCUAUAAAUUCCUGAAAAAGCUACUGAAAUAUGUUGACUGUGCACAGGAAUACAUUUCUCACUUGGAGGUUAUGGCUAGCAGUGGAAAAAAUGACAGGUCACCUAAUGAGCAAGAAAUCAAGUUCUUCGCCAAGGUUCUUCUGCCACUGAUAGAUCAGUACUUCAAGAACCACUCUCUUUACUUCCUCUCCUCCCCCAGUAAAACUCUCAGCAGCAGUGGGUAUGCAUCAAACAAAGAGAAAGAAAUGGUUACCAGUCUUUUCUGUAAGCUGGCUACCCUUGUUAGACACAGGAUUUCUCUCUUUGGAAGUGACUCUGCCACUAUAGUUAGCUGUCUGCAUAUCCUGGCCCACACUCUUGACACAAGAACGGUGAUGAAGUCUGGCUCUAAGUUGGUGAAGGCUGCUUUAAAGACAUUCUUUGAGAAUGCAGCAGAUGACCUGGAGAAAACCCUGGAGAACUUGAAGCUGGGGAAGUUUACACACUCACGCAGCCAGAUAAAGGGUGUUUCCCAGAACAUCAACUACACUACAGUUGCCCUGUUGCCAAUCCUCACUGCCCUGUUUGAGCACAUCACUGAGCAUCAUUUCGGAGUGGACCUUCUGUUGGAUGUUGUCCAGAUGUCAUGCUAUCGGAUCCUAAACAGUCUCUACUCAUUGGGAACUGGCAAGAACAUCUAUGUUGAAAGACACCUUCCAGCUCUAGGUGAGUGUUUGGCCACCUUAGCGGGAGCCAUGCCCGUGGCAUUUUUGGAGCCUCACCUCAAUACACACAACCCAUUCUCUGUCUUCAACACUAAAACAUCAUGUGAACAAGCCAUAUUAGGCAUGCCUGAUACUGUAGAACAGAUGUGCCCUGAAGUACCCCAUCUGGACUGUCUGAUGAAAGACAUAAAUGACAUGUCUGAAUCAGGAGCUCGCUACACUGAAAUGCCCCAUGUCAUUGAGGUAGUGCUGCCCAUGCUGUGUAACUACUUAUCCUACUGGUGGAAGAGAGGGACAGAGAACCAGGCCAAGGGCACAGAAACUGCAUGUAGCACCACUGUCACUUCUGAGCACCUGAGUCUAAUCCUGGGCAACAUCUUAAAGAUCCUGAAUAGUAAUCUAGGCAUUGAUGAGGCCUCCUGGAUGAAGAGGAUUGCAGUGUACGCUCAACCUAUCAUCAGCAAGGCGAGGGCAGAUCUUUUAAAGACACACUUCCUGCCAACUCUGGAGAAAUUAAAGAAGAAGACUGUGAAGGUUGUGGCAGAGGAGGAGCUUCUCAAAGCUGACAACAAAGGCGAUACCCAGGAGGCAGAGCUACUGAUUCUGGAUGAGUUUGCAAUGCUUUGCAGGGAUUUGUAUGCAUUCUAUCCCAUGCUUAUUCGCUAUGUGGACAACAACAGGUCACGAUGGCUGAAAGAGCCUGAUGCUGACUCUAAUGAGCUUUUCAGGAUGGUAGCAGAAAUUUUCAUUCUUUGGUGCAAGUCACACAAUUUUAAGCGAGAGGAACAAAACUUUGUUGUGCAGAAUGAAAUCAAUAAUCUCUCCUUUCUCACUGGGGACAGCAAGACAAAUAUGUCAAAGGCAGGAGGACAGGAUCAGGAGAGAAAACACAAGAAGAGACGUGGUGAGGUUUACUCCAUCCAGACCUCACUGAUCGUGGCAGCGCUGAAAAAAAUGUUACCUAUUGGUCUGAACAUGUGCACGCCUGGAGACCAAGAGCUCAUCUCACUGGCUAAGACUCGCUAUGGACUGAAAGAUACAGAUGAAGAGGUAAAGGAGCAUUUGAGGCAGAACAUGCACUUGCAAGUGAAGACAGAGGACCCUGCUGUGAGAUGGCAGCUUAAUUUGUAUAAAGAUGUGAUUGUGAAGAAUGAGGGCCCACCCGAUCCAGAGCUCACAAUUGAUCGUCUACAGACUAUCUCAGCUGCAGUGUUUCACCUUGAGCAGGUGGAGCAGCCACUAAGGUCCAAGAAGUGUGUGUGGCAAAAACUCCUGUCCAAACAGCGUAAGCGUGCUGUAGUGGCCUGUUUCCGUAUGGCACCGUUAUACAACUUGCCCAGGCAUCGCUCUAUUAACCUGUUCCUCACGGGCUACCAGAGAAUAUGGAUAGAGACAGAGACAUACUCAUUUGAGGAGAAGCUAGUGCAGGAUUUGGCAAGGACACAUAAGGAAGAAGAGGAAGAGGAGGUAGAUAAAAUACAUCCUGACCCUCUUCAUGAACUUAUUCUGCACUUUAGUCAUAAUGCUUUGACAGAAAGAAGUUCCCUAGAGGAUGAUUUACUAUAUAUAGCAUACACAGACAUGAUGGCAAAGAGUUGUGCUGAAGAUGAGAACGAGGAUGAAGAAGGAAAAGAGAAAACCUUUGAGGAAAAGGAAAUGGAAAAGCAGAAAAUAUUGUAUCAGCAGGCCAGGUUACAUGACCGAGGGGCUGCUGAGAUGGUUUUGCAGGUGAUCAGUGCCAGCAGAGGUCGACUGGGUCCCAUGGUUACUUUCACUCUUAAGCUUGGUAUCUCUGUUCUAAAUGGUGGCAACAUUUUAGUUCAGCAGAAAAUGCUGGACUAUCUGAAGGAGAAGCAAGAUGUUGGCUUCUUCAAGAGUUUGUCAGGACUUAUGCAGUCAUGCAGUGUAUUGGACCUGAAUGCAUUUGAAAGGCAAAACAAAGCUGAAGGAUUGGGUAUGGUGACUGAGGAGGGUUCAAUCAACGUGAGGGAGCGGGGUGCCAAGGUUCUUCAGAAUGAUGAGUUCACUAAAGAUCUGUUUAGGUUCUUGCAGCUUCUCUGUGAAGGUCAUAACAAUGACUUCCAGAACUUUUUGAGGACCCAGACUGGAAAUACAACUACAGUUAAUAUAAUAAUAAGCACAGUAGACUAUCUUCUUAGACUUCAGGAGUCCAUCAGCGAUUUCUACUGGUAUUACUCUGGGAAAGAUAUAAUGGAUGAAGCUGGUCAACUAAAUUUCUCUAAAGCAUUAGCUGUGGCCAAGCAGAUUUUUAAUUCCCUCACUGAAUAUAUACAGGGUCCAUGUAUAGGAAACCAACAAAGCUUGGCCCACAGCAGAUUAUGGGAUGCAGUUGUUGGCUUUUUGCAUGUUUUUGCUAACAUGCAGAUGAAGCUCUCACAGGACUCCAGCCAAAUUAAGUUGCUGAAAGAACUUAUGGAUCUACAAAAGGACAUGAUAGUCAUGAUGCUUUCCCUUUUAGAAGGUAAUGUUGUAAAUGGCACCAUUGGCAAACAGAUGGUUGACACCUUGGUUGAGUCCUCCAGCAAUGUGGAGAUGAUCCUCAAAUUUUUCGACAUGUUCCUAAAGCUGAAGGACCUCACCACAUCUGACAAUUUUAAAGAGCAUGACUCUGAUUCUAAAGGAAUCAUCUCCAAAAGAGAGUUUCAGAAAUCAAUGGAAAAUCAGAAGCAGUACUCUCAGUCUGAAAUUGAGUUCCUACUUUCUUGUGUUGAGGCAGAUGAAAAUGACAUGUUUAACUAUGUGGAAUUUGUGAAACGCUUCCAUGAGCCUGCCAAGGACAUUGGUUUCAAUGUCGCAGUACUGCUUACAAAUCUGUCAGAACACAUGCCCUAUGACUCUCGGCUGGCUACCUUCCUGAACCUGGCAGAGAGUGUCCUUAAUUACUUUGAGCCAUUCCUUGGCCGUAUUGAGAUCAUGGGUGGUGCUAAGAGGAUUGAAAGGGUCUACUUUGAAAUCAGCGAGUCCAGUAGAACCCAGUGGGAGAAACCACAAGUUAAGGAAUCUAAAAGACAAUUUAUCUUUGAUGUAGUCAAUGAGGGUGGAGAAUCAGAGAAGAUGGAGUUGUUUGUAAAUUUCUGUGAGGACACCAUUUUUGAGAUGCAACUGGCCUCGGUGAUCUCAGAGACUGAUGCUGUUGAAAGAGGAGAAGAUGAGGAUGAGUUGCAGAAUGUAACCAAGGACAUGGUUUUGGUAGAGGAGGAGAAUGUACUGGAAUCCUCCUCAGCUUUUACCAUGGCAUUUGCUGCGAUGAAGAAGAAUCUCUCUAGUCUUGGCAGACUGCUCACCCUGAAGAACCUGGGGAAACAAUACAAGAAACUCAGGAAGAUGAGCCUGAGGGAAAUAAUUGCUGGGUUCUUCUACUUUUUCUGGAUGAUCUUUACUGGCCUGCUCUGCUUUCUCUACAACCUGGUGUGGUGCUUCUUCCUUAUCCUGUGGUCAACACUGUUUGGUGGUGGCUUGGUGGAAGGUGCCAAGAAUAUUAAGGUGACAGACAUCCUUGGCAACAUGCCGGACCCCACACAGUUUGGCAUACAUGGUGAUGUGCUGGAGACUGAAAAACUAGAGGUCAGUGAGGCUUUACUGGUUGCUGAAAUAGACCAGUUGGCACAAGGAGACAAAACAGAAAUGGACCUCAUAUCAGAACUGUUAAGUAUACAGUCAAAGAAGGAGGGAGGGAAGCAUGGAGCUGAGCCUGGCCUGGGAGAUGUGUCUGAAGUGGUUGGAGUCGAUUCCCCAUCCUUAGUUUCUGCUGUAAGGCAGAAAAAAGCCCAGGAAGCUGCAAGUAAGAAGCCAGCUGAGAAUGAAUCAAAUGCAGACUCAGAAAAAGCAGAUACAGAGGAUGUGGAGAAGAAUAACCAAGGCAAAGCUAAAGAGUUACUCAUAGAACCCCCAUUUGAGGAACAGAAAAAGACACUCAAAAGGAGGUGUGGACAGAAGAAAGAACAACCAGAGGCCAUUAUGGCCAGCUUUUUUGCUGGCCUAGACAUUUAUCAAACCAAAAUUCUAAAUUACCUAGCUCGAAACUUUUACAACCUGCGAUUCCUGGCUCUGUUUGUGGCAUUUGCCAUCAACUUCAUUCUGCUUUUUUAUAAGGUGACUGAUGAAGAGUCUGAGGAGGUGGAUUCAUGGAGAAGUGAAGAAGAUGAAGGUGGCAUUGAGCAUUUUAUUCUGCAGGAGAGCAGUGGUUACAUGGCACCUACACUUUGCUUUCUAUCUGUUCUGCACACUAUUAUCUCAUUUCUCUGCGUGGUGGGAUAUUACUAUCUGAAGGUGCCUUUGGUAGUUUUUAAGCGAGAGAAGGAAAUUGCCAGGAAACUUGAAUUUGAUGGCCUUUAUAUAACUGAACAACCUUCUGAUGAUGACAUAAAAGGACAAUGGGACAGACUUGUUAUUAAUACACCAUCUUUUCCUUUUAACUACUGGGAUAAGUUUGUCAAACGUAAGGUAAUAAAUAAAUAUGGGGACUUGUAUGGAGCAGAGAGGAUUGCUGAGUUGCUUGGUUUGGACAAAAGUGCACUGGACUUCAACCCAACUGAAGAAACUAUCCCUAAAGAGGCUUCACUUGUGUCCUGGUUAAGUUCGCUGGACACAAAGUACCAUAUCUGGAAAAUGGGUGUGGUAUUUACAGACAAUUCUUUCCUGUAUCUAGUAUGGUAUACCACAAUGUCUAUCCUAGGCCACUACAACAAUUUCUUCUUUGCUGCUCACCUGCUCGACAUUGCUAUGGGUUUCAAGACUUUGAGGACUAUACUGUCUUCAGUCACUCACAACGGCAAACAGCUGGUGCUGACUGUAGGUCUACUGGCUGUAGUUGUGUAUCUGUACACUGUGGUGGCCUUUAACUUCUUCCGCAAAUUCUACAACAAAAGUGAAAACGAGGAUGAGCCAGAUAUGAAGUGUGAUGAUAUGAUGACUUGCUAUCUGUUCCACAUGUAUGUGGGUGUGCGUGCUGGUGGAGGAAUAGGAGAUGAGAUUGAGGAUCCAGCGGGUGACCCUUAUGAGCUUUACCGCAUCCUUUUUGAUAUCACCUUUUUCUUUUUCGUCAUUGUCAUCCUUCUAGCCAUUAUCCAAGGUUUGAUUAUUGAUGCCUUCGGAGAGCUUCGAGACCAGCAGGAGCAAGUCAAAGAGGACAUGGAGACUAAAUGCUUCAUCUGUGGAAUUGGGAAUGAUUACUUUGACACAACUCCACAUGGAUUUGAGACACACACAUUACAAGAGCACAAUUUGGCAAACUACCUGUUUUUCCUAAUGUAUCUUGUCAACAAGGAUGAAACCGAGCAUACUGGCCAGGAGUCAUAUGUGUGGAAAAUGUAUCAGGAGCGAUGCUGGGAUUUCUUUCCAGCCGGAGACUGUUUCAGGAAACAGUAUGAGGACCAACUGGGCUAAAGCAAGCAAGAUUCUGAAUACACCAGCCUGUCAUCAGAGUUGCAAGCAGUAUACUGUACCAGCUGUUUUUUCAAUUAAAGCUUGAACCAUCACCAUUCUCCACUCCAAUAAAUGGUCCUUAUCCUUCAUUCUAUUCAUAUUUCAUUAAAUGUUAUUUUUCCUCCACUACAGAUGAUGCAAAAUGAUGCAUUUCUAAUUGUUACCUCAAUCAAGAGUGCCAAUUUAGAAAAGACUGUCUUGUUUUACCUAAUAUUUACCAUGCUUGUUUCUUAGAAAAAAAGACAAUUUUAUUUAUUUAUUUAUUUAUUUUUGUGCCUUUAUUCCACAUAACCCUGAAACUUCGCACAAAGUUCUUGUCCUUUUAAAAGCUACUUGUUUUUGUUGCUUUAAAGAUUUAAUUUAAACUGUUUGCUUUUUUAAUGCUAUGGAACAAGCCUGUGGCAGGUAUGUAUAAAGCCUCUCAGAGUAAAAUUUCAGGAAAUAUAGUAACACUCUACUUUCGUUUAAGAAUUAAAGCAAAAAUUCUUUAGCUAUAAGGAAUACUGUUAAAUGGGCUAAAGUUUAUGAGCAAGAGUUUAUUUUCAGGUAAUAGUUCUGAGAUGGGAUGUAUUACAACAGAUUUUAUACUUUUGUUUUGUCUGUUAGUAAUCAAAUAUCACUAAUGAUAUGCAAUACUGGCUGACUGAGUCACAGUCAUUAAGUUCAUGUGGUCAUCUGGCUUCUCUGUUCAUAUGAUCUCAAAAUUAAGAUUGCAUGUGGAUUGUAAGUGUGAAUAAACAAAUUUUAGUUAUAAAGUGCUUCCAUUUUUAGCCAAUUACUCAGCAUUUAUUUAAUGCAAAGGAACAUAAGCUACCAUAUCAAUGGCUUUAGCUGUUAUACCAUCAUCAGUGUUGUAUUUUGAGAUGUCUUAACCCAUUAUGGCUCUGCUGGAGUGACUAAUCGUAGAUUGCACACAGAUUUUCACAAGUCCAUCUGUUCCCUGCAAAUCCAAAACCAAAAUAAAAUUUAAUAGUCAGUUGUUAAACUUGAAAAAUAAUAGACUAUUUAAUUUGUUUACGGCUUCUUGUAAUUAAAGGCUGUGAUCUCUAUCUGGCAUCUCUUUUUUAGCAAUUAUAUGUGGUUGAGAUGCAUCAGCAUAUGAAUAGUUAAUUGCUUACAUCAAUUCCUAAAUUUACUAUAAUCUUAGAUUAUUUGGUUGCAGUGGUGUUUAAGUUUGAAUAGAGAACUACAUGUCAUAAACAAGCUAAAUCUCCAAAGCAAAUAUUAGUCAAUAUAGAGUUGUAAUUUAAAUAUUUGGUGGAAGUUACAGGAAAUGUUAUUAACACUGUAGGUUAACUAUUUUUUCUUGCAUAAGCAUAUUGUCAUUAUGACGCAUGACUUUUUAAAAAUUGCUUAUUUAUUAAUUUCAUAACAUAAGACAAAAAGAAUUAUAAAAAUAAAAAUACAAGAUAUUGCGUUGUAUAUCUUGUGCACUUUUAUCAGUUCUUGAAAUUGUGUACUUCAUGCUCUAGAUUUAAUCUUCAAAUUAAAAUUGUUCAGCAACCAUUUAGGACACAUUUUUAUAUCCAGCUUUUAAUUAAAUUCUUUUGGGGCUUAAGAAGACUUCUUAAGUAAUAAAAUUCCAAAUCUUUAUAGUCCAGUCCUUUCCUAGAAAUGGUUGGUCUUGGAAUGAUUUGCCUUCUUUCAAGUACUGGUGAAGUGCCUUAUUUUCAUGUCAACUAUGCAAAUUGGUUUCUUUUCUUUAUUUAUUUAUAUUUUGCCAGUAUAAGCAUAACACAGAUGCCCAGAGUAACAUAGCUUUUUAAUUUUAAUUUAAAAAAAAUGUAAAAAAUACAUGUAUGCCUUGCCAGAAGCAGUGUUAGUGUGAUAAAAAAAAAUGAAUGCUCAUGAAGCUACUAAAAUGUAAUAGAGAAUUAUGGCAAACAAAGAAAAAAAAAGCAGAUUGCUGUUGUAUGGAGAUUUCUAUGUAGUAGCCUUGCUGUAUUGUACACUUCUUUUAAAGGACAAAUAAAAGUCAUUGAUGAAGAACA